AUGUUUUUCUCGGGGACGAAAAAGGAGCGCAACAAGGCAGAAGCAAAAGGCAUCAAAGACGGAGGCUUCACCUACAUUUUUAAUCAAACCAUAACAGCGCUCUCGCCAUCUACAUCCCCACAGACUCCAGGCGUAAAUGUCACCUUCUCCAACUCCCAAACCGCCCACUUCGACCUCGUCGUCGCAGCAGACGGACAAGGCUCUCGCACACGGAAACUAGCCUUUGGUGAAGAAACCAGCUCUUCAGCAUUCAAGUCACUCAACAUCCACGCUGCAUUCUACAACAUCCCGCGGCACCCCACCGAAUCAAACCUCGCGCGCAUCUACAUGGGACCCAACCGCAGAAUGUACCUCACCCGCACCGGCGACCGUCCAGAAACCCAAAUCUACCACUUCCUCAUGGACGCCACACCACAGGAAUCCGCCCAUCUAUCCGCAACCUUCAAGCGCCCACUGGCCGAGCAAAAAGCCGCCUGGACGCAACUCUUCCAGGACGCGGGCUGGGAAUCACCGCGCUUCCUAAAGGCGCUGCAAGACGUAGACGAUUUCUAUGCCUGUGAGGUUGGCCAGGUCAAGAUGCCGGGCCAGAAACUGCACAAAGAUCGUGUGGUUCUGCUAGGUGAUGCCGGGUAUUGCCCCUCUUUGUUCACGGGUAUGGGGACCACGCUGUCCUUGAUGGGCGUCGCUGGCGAGCUGGCGAGGAACCCGCGGGAUGUGGACAAGGCGCUCGAUGCCUAUCAGGAAGUCAUGAAGCAGCCUAUUCUGGAGUGUCAGAGGCUGAUGCCGGGGGUGGCGAGCGGUUGGUAUCCGAAGUCGGAAUGGGCAAUUUGGAUGUGGAAUAGCGUGUUGUGGGGUGUGGCAUGUUUGAAGGUGGACAAGAUGGUGGCCUGGGUGCUGGGUUCACUGCCUGCUUCCAAGACGAAGUGGAAGAUACCAGACUAUGAGGAGUUGAUGUUGGAUAAGUAA